UUUUGCCGUGAUCUGAUUGGUCGGUUUGUUCGCCUUGCGAAUGUGGCUUGUUUCAAAAGCAGGAGCUAGAAAUCUGAGAGCAUCGUUUUGUUUGCGGUCCAAUGGAAGACCAGAUGAGAUGUUUGUUACGUCGGCUCGUUCGACGGAUACCGACUCAAGUUCUAAAAGUGAUGCUGAAGAAGUGGGGCCGUUUGACGGCGGCUCAACAACAAAACAUCGAUUUGACUCCAACGAAAUGGGCGUUGGCGGACCAACUUCUCGCUCUCAGUGAGGAAAACGGAUGGACUGUUCGACAUGUAGCAGAGUUAGAGAUGAUAUAUGUCAUGGACAAGCCAAACCAGGGGAUGUGGCAUGCGUUACAACUCGUGGAACCUGAAUCUGAUGCGCAAGCUGUUGAUUUGAUGCAGUUCAAGGAGCAAUUCAAAUCACACCUCAAAGAGGUCGCAAGACAUGUGUCUGUCAAGAUGAAGAAGAACACUGAUGAAGCUGUUUGGAUCCGCAUUGCGUGGGGGGACAGCUACUCUCGACCCAACAACAUGAAAGCAACUUACGCUGUUCACUAUCUUCAAACUCCAUAUGUCUUUGUGACCAGACUCGCGUCCAAGCAGAAGCGCCUGUUGUCCCAGGCUCUGAUUAUAGCCACUCGACAUGAGGCAAUUAAGGAUGCAAACCUCAGUGGACAAAACCUCUCAGCAAUUCGGGACCUGCUGAUGCAGCAGUAUGAACAGGUUUUCCCUGCCAAGUAUCCUAGGCCUCUUGUAGAAAGGACUCAAAUAGCAUCACACCCCCACAUAGAGCGAGAACAAGCCGAGAAUGAAGUAAACAGACUUCAGAUGGCCUGUGAAGUAUUUGGUGCUGGCAAUUUACCGCAGCUACAGUCUGUAGUUUACAAGCUGGAGACAAACUUCAAAGACCCAAUAAACCAGAGGAUGACCGAACGAGAGGAACCGUUCAAGUGCGUCGUCACGUUUAAAAGCAGCAACCUAUUAGAGUCACUACGGCACUGCGCUGCUUCAGGAAUUGCUUCUACUCCUUUAACACCUCUGCUUUCGUCCAUCCCCCGAAAAGGAAGAAAUUUUUUUCUCAUCACAGACAACGUCCAAAGAUCUGCCUCACAAAUCAACCAACAAACUAAUUAACAUGUCCACUCAAGUAGAUUAGAAAGUUUUAAGGAGUCAAGUUUAUUUGGUUUUAUAUCAUGGAUUGUAGCUACUAACUUGAUUCUAUAUGUGCAUGUUUUUCAAAUUACAGUAUGUCGCCAACAUUAAAGUCAUUACACAUUGAAACUGA